UGGGCAAGAAUCAAGGAAAUGUUCCGGUACUUUCUCCUUUCCUGGACUUUAGUACGCGAGUUAUAAGUAACUUUUCAUUCGACUAACUUUAUCCGACUGACAGGACGAUCUCUUGAGAAUUCCCUUACUGUUAUAAAUUCAAGGCCAGUAUUAUUCUGACUUGCAUGCACUUAGUAAACAAUGCGAAUGUUGUCCUUCGUACGCCGGCUGUGACGUCACGAAGCGACGCCGGCAGUGAACGUAACCAGACUGACACAAACGUCAGUUGGAAACUAGCAACUGUGCAGAACUAACGCGCGAUUCUCUUUUGUUUAUAAUUAUCUGUGCCUCUCUUUCUUAUUGUUUAUCUUAUUCAUGUUUUAGACCACUGAUAAGUUUACGCGAAUUUAAACAAAAACAAUAAGUAUAUUUGUUAUCAAUGCAUCUGGUUACUUGGAGCGGCAAAUGGUGGAAGUGUCAAGUUUGAGAAUUUGAGAAAUACAAAAAAGUAGUAACCAUGAAAAAUAAUGAGGACUUGCCCAGAGUUCAUGCUCCGAAUUACUUACCUUCAACAAAUAUACGAACUGCAACGAAUGAACUCCUUGAAGGCACAAAUCCAAGAAACGUAACUGAAGAUAAAGCAGUCCUGUAUGAUGUUGGUGAACCAGCAGUAUUGAAAACUGGAAAUGAAGACAACAGUGUAUCUGGAGAUAAAGUUAUUAUAGCAUUAAAAUCCAGAAAUGAAGAUAACAGUGUAUCUAAAGACAAGGCUGCCUCUGACAUCUUUGACUCUGAUGCUGAAUCUCUUCCUAAUUUAGACUCUGAAGAUGAAACGGAAGAAUGGUUUGAAGAAAAUACCACUCGUAUUGCUUUUAUCCAGAAGGUGCUGGCUAUAAAACUCUUGCAGUUAUUAGGAAUCACUGGAGUGACAGUGCUCGUGUUUGUGAAUCGUUGGAGUUUGGGAAUUAACGACUUUUUGAAUAAUGCGAACAUGACUCAUUUGGUUGUGUUAUGCAUUUUUGCAUUCAUCGUGACCAACGUGGUAUCGUUCGGGUUUCUAUUCGGCCGAAACGUGGAAGAGGCUCGUCGGAAAAAUCCUUUCCGAUAUAUGUUCCUUACGAUAUACCCGCUCAGGAUAUCGGCUCUCAUCGUUAUUUGUACAUUGUAUUGGUACUUGACUACUUCAGUUCUAAUAAUAAUGAUCUACUACUGCGUUGUGGUUUUUAUCCUGUUUAUGUACAGUAUACUCUCCUGUCAGACGAAUCUGGACUUCACGUUCAAGUACAGCGCCAUAGUCGCUGUCAGCACACAAGUCAUAUUGUGCACUGUCACCGCCCCUUCGCAUUUCCCAUUUACUUAUUCUGGUACAUCCCGAUGAGUACUUACCUAACUAUCUUAUGCGCUUCCCUGAUUUUAAUUUUGGAAUACGUCUACAUUGUAUACGUCAUUGCAGCGAUGACUUCAAAAAAAUAUUGGAGGAAAACACCUGCUGACUUCAUAGAUGGCGCUAUAAACUUGCAAAUGGACUACUAUCAUGUUAUACGUAGUAUCUUUAUUGACGUCAGUCGUAGGUGCGGUUUUUUGGAAGUUUGCGAUAGUUAUGUUCCGAAAAUAAGGGAUAUGUCGAAAAAGAUUAAGAAUCGAGUUGAUGAAGCGUUGAGAAGCACCUCUCUUUACGAUAAGAAAUUGCCUCUCCAGCACUGCUAGACUUAUUAUUACUGGAUUGGCCCUGUAACAAAAGCAAAACUUAAACUUACAUACAUAGUAGGGUACUGACUAACAUUUUUUGUUCAGAGAUUUUGAUUUAUAUCGCUGAUGAAAGUUUUUCUAAGAGGUAAUGUAUUACGAAUUUUGAUAAAUUGAAAGCGUGACAGACAACGUCAAUGGAAACAAGAAUGGUGUACCAUUGAAGCUAAUAUUAUUUAAUUUGUAUGAGAAAAAUAAAAAAUUAAAGACUUUAUAUUAUAUUUAAAAGUCGCUGAACAAAUGUUGAUCAGUUUCAAGAAUAUAGUCUACAGUUUAAUUUUUUGCUUUUGUUAUAUACGGCCCACCCGCUAUAAAGCAUAAAAUACAUCCUUUGUGGCGAUAUGCCUAUUACAGUAGCAAGUAUAAGUAAGUUAAAUACAUGAGAAAACGAAGAAAUAGUCUUAGGAUUAUAUUCGACUGAUAUUAUUAAAUAAAGACUGAAUAUAUGAAUA